GCUGAGUUACUUUGAGCAGAGCUGGAGACUCUCCAGUCAUGAGUGGAGCUCAUCUACGCGUAUUGUUGGAUUUUUAAAACAAAACACUUUCUCUUUUGUUUUUUUUCUAGACACCAUUACUUUGUUUAAAGUGCCUUGUCGACAUAAACUGGGGUGAUGUUCCCAACUCGCCGCGGCACCUGUUUUCAUGUGUUUUGUGCGGCGUUCAAGAGUCAGCUAGACUAUUUGGAAUUUUGGAAACCACUAAAAGGCUCGUUGUGCGACCAGCCUGGUGUAAGGGCGUGAUUUUUAUUUCUUUUUUUUUUUUUUUGGUGUGGAUCAGGAUUAUAUUUGCGGAGAUGCUUCUGCUGGUGCCUAUUCUGUGGCUGCUGCCUCUGAGCGGAGCUGCUCCAUCUGCAAACGAGCAAGAGGACACGGGGGUGGACUGGCUGAGCAAGUUUGGUUACCUCCCGCCUCCUGACCCUACAACAGGCCAGCUCCAGACCAAGGAAGCCCUGACCAAGGCCAUCAAAGCCAUGCAGAGGUUUGGAGGGCUCAAGGAAACUGGAGUCUUCGAUCAAGACACAUUGGGACUUAUGAAAACCCCCAGGUGUUCCCUGCCGGAUGUUCCCGUGGCCGAGGGGACCGUGGGCCGCAAGAAGCGGAGCCUGAACACUCAGAACAAAUGGAUGAAGAGACAUUUAUCUUGGAGAGUGAGGACCUUCCCAAAGGACUCGGCCUUACUGGGCAGAGACACAGUGAGAGCCCUCAUGUAUUACGCCCUGAAGGUGUGGAGCGACAUCGCCCCGCUCAACUUCCACGAGGUUGCAGGAAGCGACGCCGACAUUCAGAUCGACUUCACGAAAGCCGACCACAACGACGGAUAUCCCUUCGAUGGGCCAGGGGGCACCGUGGCUCAUGCCUUUUUCCCCGGAGAGAGAUUCACGGCUGGGGAUACGCACUUUGACGACGACGAGGCUUGGACCUUCAGAUCACCAGACUCUCACGGGAUGGACCUGUACGCGGUGGCCGUCCAUGAGUUUGGUCACGCCAUCGGCCUGGUGCACACCUCAGCCAUGGAGUCCAUCAUGAGGCCGUACUACCAGGGUCCUGUCGGAGACCCCCUGAAGUACGACUUACCCUAUGAAGAUAAGGUCCGCGUCUGGCAGCUCUACGGCGUCAGAGACUCCGUGUCCCACACCACACAUCCAGGAAAUCCCUCCCAGACGGCAGAUCCACCGGUCUUGCUGGACCUUCCGGAAAACAGAUCGUCUGUCCUGCUGGGACAAGAUGCCCCAGACAGAUGCUCCGGCCACUUUGACGCCGUCGCCCAAAUACGAGGGGAGGCCUUUUUUUUCAAAGGCAAGUACUUUUGGCGACUAACGCGAGAGAAGAACCUGGUCUCUCUGCGUCCAGCUCAGAUCCAUCGAUUCUGGAGAGGUCUUCCGCCCAACAUGGACAGUGUGGACGCCGUGUACGAGAGACCCGGAGACCACAAAAUUGUAUUUUUUAAAGGUCUCAAGUACUGGGUAUUUAAAGACAACAUCGUGGAGGAGGGUUACCCCCGUCCAAUCAGCGACUUCGGCCUGCCUUUAGAGGGAGUGGACGCGGCAUUUGUGUGGCUCCACAAUGAGAAAACCUACUUCUUCAAGGACAACCGCUACUGGCGGUACGAUGACCACCUGAGACGCAUGGAUCUGGGCUACCCUAAAGACAGCAUGCUCUGGAAGGGACUGCCAGCACACCUGGAUGAUGCCAUCAGGUGGUCUGACGGUUCGUCCUACUUCUUCAAGGGGAAGGACUAUUGGCGUGUGCCGAGCAGCGACAUGGAGGUGGAGGCGGGCUACCCGCGCCUCAUCGCCAAAGACUGGCUGCUGUGCACCGAGAUGCAGUCGGACUCUCCAGGCGCCGAGUCCAAAAGCACCGAGACCAGAGUCAACGUGCACCAUCGCCCGGACCACGCCGAGAACGGCUACGAGGUGUGCUCGUGCACGUCGGACACGGCGUCGCCUUUAGGUGCCCGCCCCUCCCCGUCCUCCCCCCUGUGGCUGCUGCCGCCUCUCUGGACGCUCUCACUGGCCCUCCGCUCUCAACCGCUAUGAUGCCAAAACACAGAAGUACAGAAAACUCACUGGAACAUUCUCUUUACAGAAGUACUGAUCGGUAACAUUAUUUAUUGCUCAAGCCAUUUGAUGUGAAGGCCUUGCAGAAUACUGUACAGUCAAUGAAGGCUCAGGUGGAAUCCAGUCCAGUUUAAAUGAAAUGGUGGAUGAGGCUUUAAAGGGGAACAUUAUCACCAGACAUAUGUAAGUGUCAAUAUAUACCUUGAUGUUGCAGAAAAAAGACCAUAUAUUUUUUUAACCAAUUUCCGAACUCUAAAUGGGUGAAUUUUGGCGAAUUAAACGCCUUUCUAUUAUUUACUCUCGGAGCGAUGACGUCAGAGCGUGACGUCACCUAGGUAGUCAAUCGGCCAUUUUCUCAAACACAUUAUACACAUCGAGUCAAAUCAGCUCUGUUAUUUUCAAUUUUUUCGACUGUUUUCCGUACCUUAGAGACAUCAUGCCUCGUCGGUGUGUUGUCGGAGGGUGUAACAACACGAUAAGGGACGGAUUCAAGUUGAUUUACGUAGAAUGUGCAUCGAUUAGCACGGCAUGCUAAUUGAUGCUAACAUGCUAUUUACUAGCGAUGCUAAGGCAGACAUAGCACGGAGAUGUAUGGAUAACCUGCAGAUGCAUUUCCAAAGAUUAAGUCAACAAAAUUACAAAGGUGAGUGUUGUUGAUGUUAUUGACUUAUAUGCUAAUCAGACAUAUUUGGUCGCGGCAUGACUGCCAGCUAAUCGAUGCUAACAUGCUAUUUAGGCUAGCUGUAUGUACAUUUGAAACUAUAUUUGCAUCCAGUGUUUCCCUUCACCCACAUUUAAUGCCAAACAAACACUUACCAAUCGACAAAUUUAAGUUGAUCCAGUGUCACAAGAUGAGAAACUUCCAAUCGUUGGUCUGCACAUUUUACCAACGAUGCUAAGGCAAACACUGCCGAAUAGCUUCUAUAGCUAUUCGCUUAAUAGCUUCAGUUUCUUCUUCAAUUUCGUUUUCGCUAUCUGCCUCCAUACUCCAACCGUACGUUUCAAUACAUGCGUAAUCUGUUGAAUCGCUUAGAAUCCGAGUUAAUGUCGCUAUAUCUUGCUGUGGUAACCACCACGUUGUUUGUAUUGGCAUCACAGGAAAAUGGACAGUGUCUUUGCAGAUACCGAAAAUCAGGCACUUUUAAGCUUUUUUUAGGGAUAUCCCGGGCUGGGUAAAAUUUUGAAAAAAACUUGGAAAAAUAAAAUAAGCCACUUGGAACUGAUUUGUAUUGGUUUUAACCCUUCUGAAAUUGUGAUAAUGUUCCCCUUUAAAUAAAAUAAGUGACACAGAAAGAUGAGGCUCAGCUAAAGUUUACAGGAAAGGUUCUGGUUUUAGUUACAUGGAACGAUGAGGAGAGUAAGCAUGUGAUAAGGAAGGAAUAGCUUGACCUUUUUUAAGACACAUUCUGAUACUGUUAUAUCCAAUUAAUGAAAGGCUUUUGGGAAGCAGACAGGAAAUUACAGGUGACUUUUGGCAUUUAGGUUAACAGAUACAGUUACUGAUGUCAUCAGGAGAGCUGUAAAAUCCAAUUUAUUACGCUUCUGAUGUUUCUGUCGGUGGACCAAAAUGUACAUUGCAGUCCACUUUACCCUUUGUUAGGCAAGAAGCCCCCCACAAGCCCUCUGCCAUGCCUUGAUAUAAGGCAGUAAAACUAUUAUUGUGAUAUGUGUUCAUUUAACAUGCAAACAUGCAAAGGAUGUCCAAAAGCGUUCAAAACCUGGACAAUAGGCCUCAUUCACUUAUUUUAUGUUUAAAUUUGAGAAAAAUCUGUCAGAUUACUCAAUUUUCCUACUACCAGCACAUGAGGUGUCAGGUUGGAAGUCACGUGACACGGGUCUUGCAAAACAGCAUGAAAAAAGCAGUAAACUGGGCUACCUCGUAAUAAUACAACAUAAUAAACACUUCAAUGCGACCCGCUGGAUGUUUUCAAACUAUAAGUCCAAAGGUUAAAAGGGAACAUUAUCACCAGACCUAUGUAAGCGUCAAUAUAUACCUUGAUGUUGCAGAAAAAAGACCAUAUGUUUUUUUAACCGAUUUCCGAACUCUAAAAGGGUGAAUUUGGCGAUUUAAAAGCCUUUCAAUUGUUCGCUGUCGGAGCGAUGACCUUUCACCCGUGACGUUACAAUGGGAAGCAAUCCACCAUUUUCUCAAACACAUUACACACACAUGUCAAAUCAGCUCUGUUAUUUUCCGUUUUUUUGACUGUUUUCGGUACCUUGGAGACAUCAUGCCUCGUCGGUGUGUUGUCGGAGGGUGUAACAACACGAUCAGGGACGGAUUCAAGUUGACUUACGUGGAGUGUGCAUCGAUUAGCACGGCAUGCUAAUCGAUGCUAAAAUGGCAGAAAUGGCAAGAAUGUGUGGACACUCAAAGCAGAUGCAUUUCCAACAAUAAAGUCAACAAAAUCACAAAGAUGAUGAGUUUUGUUGAUGUUAUUGACUUAUGUGCUAAUCAGACAUAUUUGGUCACGGCAUGACUGCCAGCUAAUCGAUACUAACAUGCUAUUUAGGCUAGCUAUAUGUACACUUGUAGCUAUAUUUGCAUCCAGCCUUUCCCUCCACCCACAUUUAAUGCCAAACAAACACUUACCAAUCAACGGAUUUAAGUUGCUCCAGUGGUCAAAAGAUGCAAUCGUUGGUUAGAAGGCGAUCGCCGAAUAGCGUCAAUAGCUAUUCACUCAAUAGCUUCAGUUUCUUCUUCAAUUUCAUUUUCGCUAUCUGCCUCCACACUCCAACCAUCUGUUUCCAUACAUGCGUAAUCUGUUGAAUCGCUUAAGGCGCUGAAAUCCGAGUCUGAAUCCGAGCUAAUGUCGCUAUAUCUGGCUGUUCUAUCCGCCAUGUUUGUUUGUAUUGGCAUCACUAUGUGACGUCACAGAAAAAUGGACGGGUGGAUUUACAGAUAGCGAAAAUCAGGCACUUUAAAGCCUUUUUUAAGGGUUAUGCCGUGAUGGGUCAAAUUUAAAAAAAAAACUUCGAAAAAUAAAAUAAGCCACUGGUAACUGAUUUUUAUUGGUUUUAACCCUUCUGAAAUUGUGAUAAUGUUCCCCUUUAAAAUCUGCAUGACUUAACUAUUUUUCUAAAGAACUCUUGUUUUCAGAAUGAAUUGAAGUAAUUUAUUUACAAAUGAAAGAUAAAAAGUGAACAUGUGUUGCUACUGGAACUGUUAUGAUGUAGAAAAGGGGUCAGUUUAAAUAAUCGCUGCUUCUUCCUACUCCUUUUUCGGCCAUUUUGUAAAGAAGAAUUAAAAUAUGUGAUACCGAAAUAGUAUACAUGUUCAAAAUAAACUGAAACCAACCAAAAUGAGGAUAGUUAGCAUGUCUAAAUAAUGUAAGACAUGAGUUACCGUAUAAAGCCCUCAGAUAUCCAUAUAAGUUACCAGAGGUGGGUAGUAACGCGUUACAUUUACUUAAGUAACUUUUUGAAAGAAAAAAAUGUCAGUCGUUUCAAUGCAACAUACUUUUUUUAAAUUUUACUUAAGUAUUUUUGUGAAGAAGCAACGCUCCUUGUACUCCGAUUGUGACAUUUAUCUACAUAAUAUAUAUUUAUAAUAUAUAUUUAUAACAUAUUGAUUAAGACUUGCAAAGACAAAUUACCGUAUUUCCUUGAAUUGCCGCCGGGGCGCUAAUUAAUUUAAAACCUCUUCUCACUCCUGCACUUACAAAAGGCAUGCAGUAAAAGUAAGCAUGCGCUAAUUAUUUUAAAACCUGUUCUCACUACGGCACUUACCAAAGGCAUGCAGUAAAAAUUUGAAUGUGAUGUAAGCUUGGACCUUAAAUCCUACUGAAUAGCUCUUAAUCUUCUUCCCUUUAUGCGAUUUCAAAUUACCUGUAUUGAAAUCAGCCUCCUCCAUUUUGAAAAUGAUGACAGGGGAAAUGUCACUCGUGACGUCACGAGUUUGACCAGGUGGUAAUACUAAGCAUGCGCUAAUUAUUUUGGGAAGGGAGUUUGACCCGGCAGUAAUUCAAGGCAGGCGCAUACUAUAUGCCCUGCGGCAAUUCAAGGAAAUACGGUAGUUUUGUCAGCAAGCCUUCUUCCGGCAGGCACUGUCACAUGACUCUGUUUAGCCAAUCCAACGUAAGCUUUAGUGUUGUUUGACUGCGUUUGACCAAUCAAAUGGAGCCUCACGCCGGGGAUCCAAUCAGAAGUAUAACUACUAAAAGUACUAUAUUUUUCACCGGGACACACAAUUCAGUAUUUUGUCGGGUUGUCACCAUAAACGGUAAUAAUGACGACGGCGGCAAAAUCCCCGACGGUUAGUAUUACUCUUUAAAAUUAAAAUGGACUACGAAACUGAGAAUGCUAAGUGCACUUGAUAAACUCACGGCGGACUGACUGGUGUUGACAGCUCGAAAGCUUAAAGGCCUUCUGAAAUUAGAUUUUCUUAUUUAAACGGGGAUAGCAGGUCCAUUCUAUGUGUCAUACUUGAUCAUUUCGCGAUAUUGCCAUAUUUUUGCUGAAAGGAUUUAGUAGAGAACAUCCACGAUAAAGUUCGCAACUUUUGGUCGCUAAUAAAAAUGUCAGACGAUGACAUCACAAGGGUGAGGGCUCCUCACACAUUCACAUUGUUUUUAAUGGGAGCUUCCAGCAGCAAGAGCUAUUCGGACCGAGAAAACGACAAAUUCCCCAUUAAUUUGAGCGAGGAUGAAAGAUUCGUGGAUGAUGAUAUUGACAGCAAAGGACUAGAAAAAAUAAAAAGUAAAGUUAAAAAAAAAAAGGCGAUUCCAUUGCGACGGAUUCAGAUGUUUUGAGACACAUUUACUAGGAUAAUUCUGGGAAAUCCCUUAUCUUUCUAUUGUGUUGCUAGUGUUUAAGUGAGAUUAAAUAGUACCUGAUAGUCGGAGGUGUGUGUCCACGGAUGUGUUGAGGCCAGUCUCUGAGAGAAGUCGACGGCAUCUGCAUGGACGGCGCAAGCUCAGCUGAUCUCCGGUAAGAGGCGACAUUUACCACAAUUUUCUCACCGAAACCUGCCGGUUGACAAGCGAUCGGGAACCAUGUUCGCUUGACUCCUCUGAUCCAUAGUAAAGCUUCACCUCCGGGAAUUUUAAACAAGGAAUCACCGUGUGUUUGUGUGGCUAAAGGCUAAAGCUUCCCACCUCCAUCUUUCUACUUUGACUUCUCCAAUAUUAAUUGAACAAAUUGCAAAAGAUUCAGCAACACAGAGGUCCAAAAUACUGUGUAAUUAUGCGGUUAAAGCAGACGACUUUUAGCCGCAAAUGGUGCUGCGCUAAUAUGUCCUCUACAGUCCGUGACGUCACACGUACACGUCAUCAUUCCGCGACGUUUUCAAGAAGAAACUCCGCGGGAAAUUUAAAAUUGCAACUUAGUAAACUAAAAAGGCUGUAUUGGCAUGUGUUGCAAUGUUAAUAUUUCAUCAUUGAUAUAUAAACUAUCAGACUGCGUGGUCGGUAGUAGUGGGUUUCAGUAGGCCUUUAACUGCUAACAUGAAAACAAGAGACAUACUUGGUCUCAGUGUGUUUAUUUAUUUUAGUUAUGUUUAAAAAGCUUUUUGAGCACAUUCUACAUUACUGCGAAUAAUAAUGACAACCAUGAUAAUUUUGAUCACAAUAACCGUGAUAUAAAAUAUAUCUUUACGUCCCUCUCUUUAUGUACACCAUUAAAGAACUGUGAUUGGUUAUAUUCAGAAGUUGUCCCACUUAACGACAAGACAACAUUAAAUAUGAUUUUGUUUCUGACAA